GGCGGACGACGCCCGUGGUGAUGGUGAUUGGAAUCGGAGCUCUCCCUCAUAGCGUCGGGUACCGUGAGGGUGCUGCAGCUGUUGUCGGAGCUGCUGCCGUUGCCUUGGGGGUUGCCGUUGCCGGAGGUAGCUGGUGCUCCUUGGUCCGCGGCCAUCGCGCCGCCGGAGGGUUUUCGGGUCUUCGCAUUGUGUCGAGAAAGGGAAGGCGGUCAAGGAAGCGAGACGCACGUCGAAACCAAGACGUGUCGAAAGACCGUUGUCGAGCUACAAAAGCGGUCGCUGACUCGUUGCAGUAAUAAUUUCAUGUUUCUACGCGUACCACUGCUACUGUGUUCUGAACCAUUGGAACCAUUGGGACAAUCAAAUAAUUAGUAUUCGAAUGGUCCUUAUAUUUCCAAACAGAGGUGAUGUAACAAGUGGAUGUAUAUCAUUUGAACACUUUCCGUGCUCUACUGAUGCUGAUUACCAACACCAAACAUAACAAGAAACCAGCUAACACGAUACAAACUGAACGCUAUGCCCUACCUACCAUGCACCAGGUGUUCCAUUCUCUUCUACUGUAAGCAUCAUUGAUACGCUACCCCAAAGGGUCAAAUAGUUUUUUUUGUUUGAAAAACGAGUGAUAUACUGCUGUAGCCUUCUUUCCAUCGUCCAUGAUUUUUACAUCAACAUUAUAUAUUUCUCCUUAAAUUCCUAAAACCAGCAAGCUGUCAAUAGACACUGCGCCGUGUCCCUUGUGAAGGUUACAUCUUACAGUACACGACGCUACGGUGGGAUUCUCCC